UGGGCCGCCCGGGAGCGCGCUCCGGGGCCCUCGGGGGCGCGAUCUCCUCCCCCCGCCCCUUUGUGUGCCUUUGGCGCCUUCCUGGCGGUCUCCCCGGCGGCGGCGGCUCUCGGGGCUCUCGGGGCUCCCUGGCUGGGCUGGGCUCGGGCUGCGCGGCCAUGGACAUCAAGAGGCGGGUUACGCUGGAGCUGCGGAACAGGAAGCCAGGGGAGGUCAAGGAUCUAGUCUUGGAUAACUGCUUCUCACAUGAUGGGAAGAUUGGGGGACUGUCUUCAGAAUUUGAAAACCUUGAGUAUCUCAGCAUGGUAGACAUCAACCUUGUGUCUUUGGCCAACCUACCCAAGCUUCCCCGACUGCGAAAGUUGGAGCUUAGUGAUAACCACCUCUCGGGAGGCCUGGAGGUCCUGGCAGAGCGAACACCCAGCCUGAUCCAGUUAAACCUCAGCGGGAACAAAAUCAAAGACAUCAACACACUGGAGCCCCUGAAGAAGCUGCCAAACCUCAAGAGCUUGGACCUUUUCAAAUGUGAUGUGACCAUGCUGAUGAGCUACCGGGAGAGUGUGUUUGCCCUCCUGCCCCAGCUCACCUACCUCGAUGGCUAUGAUGCUGAUGACAAGGAAGCUCCGGACUCCGACCCUGAGGCUGACAGGGAGGGCCCUGAGAGUGUGUGCGGGGAGAACGGGGAAGUGAUAGGUGAGGACGAGGACGAGGACGAGGACGAGGACGAGCUGGAUGAGGAAGAGGAUGAGGAUGAUGAAGAUGUUGAUGGAGAAGAGGAGGAGGAGGAGGAAGAUGAGGAGGAGGAGGAGGAGGAGGAGGAAGAAGAUGGGGUCGAGGAUGAGGUGAGGCUCACGUUUUGGGAAGGGGAUCAGAGCUGCUACAACAGAAGAGGCCCAUGCGGCAAGGCUGGAGUUUGAAGCCAGGCCUUUUGGUCAAAGACCAUUCCAGAUCCAAGACUCACUUCAUUAGAAGUGACUGCAGUCAAGAGGCUUCCUCAUGGGGUGGGGGAGAAAUCUGAAGGCUUGGGUUCGAGUUCUGUUUUGUGACUACGGGCUAGUCUUUACCCUUCUCUUGGCUUUGGUUUCUCAUACAUACAUACCUGAGGGAGGAGGGGGUGUCAGACUAGGUCCUGCCUGCCCGCCGCCCACCCCCCCCCCAAAAAAAAAAAAAAAGCAUUGACAUUCUGGAAUUGACUCUUCCCUGUCUUCUCCCCCCGCUCCCUCAGGAGGAUGAGGAGGAUGAAGAUGAUGAUGGAGAGGAGGAUGAAGAGGAAGAAGGAGAAGAACCCCAGCAUGGAGAGAAAAGGAAACGAGCUGCUGACGACGAGGGGGAGGACAGCGAGGAGGAUGAGGACGACUGAGCCAGCUUUCCUGCCCUGCAUCAGUGAGCGGGCGGCCGAGGCUGUGGAUGGACUCUGCCAGCUUGCCCCGGGCACUGCGGGCUCUGGGGUCUGUUCUGUCCCAGAAGGGGCUCCACAGGCACUGCUUGGCCAGGGGAUCCGGCGACCAAAGGUUCUCUCCGUUUUCAGGGGUGUUUUGUGCAACAAUUUGUUGGAAUUCUUUCUAAAUCUUUGUUUCCAAGAAAAAAUGUGUCCCAUGCCCUGCCUGGGCCCUGAAGGGGCAGGGGCUCUGGCACUUUCUCAGGAUAAACCCUGCAGCCCCUUCCCUCUUCCCUCUUCUUCAUCUUUUUAAAUAAAUAACUGGAAUUUUGUA